UUUCCACCUCCAAAACUGUUCUUCGAAAAACACAGAAAUCAGUUUCGUUAAAACAAAGAAACUGAGAAAAUGGCAAGCGCUCUCUUAUCCACAUCUCGCUUUCACCCUUUGCAAAACAGAGAAGUGGGUGGACUUGUGAGCAAUUUGAGGAGCUCAUUUUAUGGCAAAGUGAUUUACAAUCAAAAUUUUGUGACAAUGAAAACUAAUAGCAGCCAUGGAGGCCGUGCCGUGGUUGCCUCAGUGCUUGGAAGGAGGGUCCAGAAGAAAGAGACUGUGAUUCCUGAGCCAGAUUAUCGCAUACCUGUUGUUUUACUUGGUCUAUCUGGUGGGUUAGCCUAUACAAAUAAUCUGUUACCAGCUGCGCCUAUCGGUCUCCUUGGAUUACUCCUUUUGUUCCAGACAACAAGAGUGAGGUUUGUCUUUGAUGCAGAGGCUCUGGAGGUAAAAGUAGGAGAGCAGCUUCAGGAUUCAGGUGAAAAUGUCUUCGUGGGUGGGGAAAAUCGAUGGAAAUAUUCGACAUUUGUGAAUUGGGAGCUCUGGUGGCCAAAUUUCCCUAUUCUGGUGUAUUUUAAAGAGACUCAAACAAAACCUGAAGGACAAGUACACUUCUUCCCAGUGAUUUUUAAUGGGAAGCAACUUUAUGAUGUUAUGGUGGAGAGAGCUGGCCCUUCAAAAAAUAGUGGGCCUAAAUAAUACUAAAGGCAUGAGAUUUAUGCUGACAACUAUCCUGCUUUGCCGACUGCCCCAAACAUUUUAGUUCAGUGAGGUUACACGUUGUGCCUGAUUGUGGAAGCUACUUUAGCACAUAUAUUCACUGUGGACUAUGUUUCAUCAGAUAUAUAAUUAGUUUAUUUUAUUUACACUAUCACAUUCUGGCACAGUUGCAGCCAUCUAUGGAGACUGUUAAUACAAUGUACAUAAUUAGUAUAUAAAUAGAAAAGAGACAUAUUUUACUUGUCCUACAAACAGGCUUUAAAUGAUUAAUUCAUUUUGAGAAGUUUU